AGUUUCAGUUCAGUUUUCUAGUUUCCAACUAGCAAGUCGUGUGUUUUCUGUUUUGUGAAUAUAACCUGUAAUUUGCUGAUUAACAAGAAACGCAAAAUAAUGGAUUUUAUUCAAAAUAUCUUUAACUUAUAUGUAAUCUAAUCUCAAGUUGUUAAUUUGUUGAUUGUUUAUAGGUUUAUAAACAAUGGAUGAUCAAAAUGAUGGUUCGAAAAAGUCUCACAAGAAACCUCAUUCAGGUCGUAAAGCUGAGAAAAAGGAUAAGAAGAAGAACCAACAUGUACAGGAAUUGACGGACGCUCAGCGAAAUCCAAAAGCAUUUACUUUCAAUUCUGCAGUCCGAGCUGAAAGAAAUUUUAGAAGAGGCCAAGACAUCCAGACCAAAAAGCACCAUGUGCCGAAAGUGGACCGCACCCCGAUCGAGCCCCCGCCCAUUCUGGUGGUGGUUGUGGGACCCCCCAAAGUGGGCAAGUCGCUGCUCAUUCACUGUCUCAUCAAGUCAUUCACCAAACAACCCCUAACCACCCUCAAGGGACCUGUUACUGUUGUCACAGGUAAGAAAAGGCGAAUCACGUUCAUGGAAUGCAACAACGAUAUCAACAGCAUGAUUGACUUGGCCAAGAUAGCUGAUUUAGUUCUGUUACUAAUAGAUGCGUCGUUUGGCUUCGAGAUGGAAAUAUUCGAAUUUCUCAACAUUUGUCAAGUACAUGGUAUGCCGAAAAUAAUGGGCGUUCUGACGCAUCUUGACAUGCUGAAGAAUACGAAAGCGUUGAAGAAGACGAAAAAAACGCUGAAACAUCGCUUCUGGACGGAGGUGUACGCAGGCGCUAAACUGUUCUACUUGUCUGGCAUUCUGCACAACGAGUAUUUGCGGAACGAGGUGAAGAACCUGGGAAGAUUCAUAUCUGUCAUGAAGUUCAGGCCGCUCAUUUGGCAGAUGACGCAUCCGUAUCUUUUGGCCGACCGUAUGGAAGACCUGACAUCACCAGAAGUGCUGAGACAGAAUGACAAGGCGGACCGCACUGUCAGUGUGUAUGGAUAUAUGCGAGGAAUACCUCUCAUCAAAAACUCCUCUGUACAUAUUCCAGGUUGUGGGGAUUUCUUGCUGAAAGAUGUGUCGUUUUUGCCCGACCCUUGCCCGCUGCCGGAUAAGUUGAAAAAGCGCGCCCUAGGCGAGAAGGAAAGACUGAUUUAUGCGCCGUUCUCGGGCGUCGGUGGCAUUGUCUACGAUAAGGACGCCGUCUACAUUGAACUGGCCGGUAGUCACUCGCAUACUAAAAGCAGUAGUGGGGAGCAACCAGUACGAGAUAUGGUAUCAAACAUUCUGGAAUCGAAGAAUACCCUCGACUCCAAGAUUGCUCAAAGUGAAGUUCAGUUGUUCUCUAAUGCUGCACCUAUACUGGCUUCCGAAUUCCAGAGUGAUACAACUGCCUCGAAUCUACCGGAAGGUAUCAGUUUGAAACAUGUGGAUGAUAACGGGAGACAACGGCGAAAAGUUAUCUUCAACGACGAAGAAGACAAUAUGGAAGUAGAUGGGGAUGAGGAGGAUGGAGAUGAAGAAGAAGACGAUGAUGAGGGCAUAGAAGACGAUAACAGUGACUCGGAAUUGAGUAACCAAGAAGAUGAAGAGGAAGAGGAAGAAGAAGAAGGUGGUGAAAGUGAAGAGGAGGAGGAAGAAGAGGACGGAGAGGAAGAGAAAGGGAAGACAAGUAAAUCGAGUAAAGUGAAGAAAGCUGAUAGCGAGGAUGAUGAUGAUGAUUCCGAGGAAGAUGAUGAUGAUGAUGAUGUAUCCGAGGAAGAUGAUGAUGAUGAUGAUUUGAUGGAAGACAAGACUGGCUUGAAUUGGAAGUCUAAUUUGGCACAGAAAGCAGCCAACGCUUUCCUAGAGAGACAGGCUGAUUCAGCAAGCUUAUGGAAGUUAGUCUAUGGAGAGACGAACUACCAAGGGGUGAGAGGAGUGAGGGGGAAGGAAGAAGAAGACAAGGAAGAUGAAGAUUUGGAAGAGGGAUUGUUCAAGAUGGUGAAGCAGAACGAGGAUAAGAAGAUAUUGGAGAAGGAUUUGAUGGAUUUGGAAGAUGUCACGAAGAAAAUUAAUAAGGAGCACAGUAGGGACUGGAGUCAAGAGGAGGUGCGUAAUACAAUCAAAGACUGUUUCGUCACUGGGAAAUGGAAAAGCUCAGAGGAUGCCAGGAAACUACUCAAUGGGGUUAAAAUUGAUGAUGAUGACGAUGAUGAUAUCUGUGAUGGAGAUUUCGAAGAUCUGGAAACCGGAGUGAAACACGAAGGCAAAACUGAUGAGCCUACUGAUGAAGCUGCCGUAGACGAUGAUAAGUCGAAAGAGAAACUGGCGGAAAAGAAGAAGAAACUGAAAGAGAAAUUUGACGUGGAGUAUGACGAUGGAAAAAACGGAGGAGAUAAGACCUGGUAUGACGAAUUGAGGAGGGAAGCCACUGAGCAGGCAGAGUUGAACAGGAAACAGUUCGAGGACAUGGAUGAUUGGCUGCGAGUUCAGUUGGAGGGGUUCCGUGCCGGCCUCUAUGUGCGGAUCGAGCUGGAUGGAGUGCCCUGUGAGCUGGUCACCAACUUUGACGCCACCUAUCCGCUCAUUGUCGGCAGUCUGCAGCCGGGCGAGGAGAAUGUCGGCUUUGUCAAGGCCAGAGUGAAAAAACACCGUUGGUUCGAGAGAAUUCUGAAAACCAAUGACCCACUUAUUCUAUCAUUGGGUUGGAGAAGGUUCCAAACAAUUGCCGUCUAUGCAAAACUGGAGGAUAAUAUGAGGCAUCGAAUGCUGAAGUAUACACCCCAACACAUAGCUUGUAUGGCGCAUUUCUGGGGACCAAUCACAAGGUCAGGAACUGGUCUACUGGCUGUUCAGGAUGUAGCUGCUAGACAGUCUGGCUUCCGGAUAGCAGCAACGGGAAUCGUGCUGGAUACAAACCAGACGACAGAGAUAACAAAAAAGCUGAAACUGACCGGAGUGCCUUACAAAAUCUACAAGAAAACUGCGUUCAUCAAGGACAUGUUCAACAGUAACCUGGAGGUGGCGCGCUUCGAGGGCGCCCGCAUCAAAACUGUGUCCAACAUUCGCGGUCAGAUCAAGAAGGCCGAGAGCAAACCUGAGGGCGCGUUCAGGGCCACUUUCGAGGACAAGAUCCAGCUGAGUGGUGAGUGCCAAUUUCAGAUGACAUUUCCAGUCAUUCAUACAAUAAAAAUUAUGGUUUUAUUCAAUUUGAUUAUUAUAAUUGAGAUACUUUUGCUAUAUUUUCAGGAAAUAAAACGAGAGCCUGUCGUGUUUAAACCUCUGAUUAUUCCAAGGCGUCUUCAAAAGGAACUUCCCUACAGAAUCAAGCCGAAACAUCGCCACAAUAUGAGGAAGAACGCUCCCAAGAUAGACAGAGUGGCUGUUGUCAGGGAUGUCGAAGAAUCUAAAGUGGCAAGCUUAAUGGCGAAACUGAAGUCCAACUACAAGGCCAAGGUGAGGCAGCAGAAACGCGACACGGCUGCUAGACUGAAAGAGCAUCGACAGACUCACCACUUGGAGGAAAUGCAGCGACAGAGAAAGAGAGCCGAUAAAAUCAAAGCUCAACACAGGAAACAGGCCAAAAAACAGGCUCAAUCAAGCACCUAACACGAGAGAAUCACAUCAAAAUGUCAGCAUUAGCCCAAUGUAAUUCAGUGAUGCUACUAUUGCUGACUCGCUGUCACUUAAGAAGGUAUUUUGUACAGAUUUGUAAUAAAUGAUUGUGGAUCCAUACUGAGGUAAUGUUUUACAAACAUGAUUGUGGGGAACAGUUUGAGACUAUUGCCCGUUUGCACAAAAUCCGGUUAAAUUUUAAUCGUGAUUGAUUUCACGCGAACCAAUCAGAGAACGCUUUUUCAAGAAAUAUGUUUCUCCGAUUGGUUCUCGUGGAAUUAAUCACGGUUGAAAUUUAACCGACUUUUAUGCAACCGGAACUAUGAGUUUGGAUGAAUGAUUUGUCAGUUGUUUCUAUUGAGAGCAAAUAUUGUUUGAAAUUGAAAGAAUA